ACGUGUGUCGUGAUCUGUACUCGGUCCGUCAUCAAGCUGGAAACAAACUCUAUAAAGGGCAUAGAACGACGCCAUCGUGUGUUGCAUCCUCUCAUGUGAUAUGCAGCGCUUCAAGAUAGGUGUUGACGCCAAGAACCUGCAGGUUGCCAUGAAUCCUGGUUCUGAUAACAAGUCUACGAACACCAUCACUUAUGGGAAUCUUGAAAUCAAGGUGCCUUCUGCCGUAGUGGAGGUUUCUAUUAAGGAGAAAACCAACGACAAGGAAGUGAGAGCCAAGGCUAAGAAAAUUUUGGAGGGUUAUGUCUCCGAGAUGAAAAAUGCUUUGGAGGAUAAAACAAUUCGUCCCAAGCUUGAGCCUGCAUUUAAGAAGGAGAUUGAAUAUGCCAUUAAUGGCCAUUUGAAUGGGUGGUUAGAGUACGUUCAGAAUCCGCAGUCAGAUAUAGAACAGAUCAAUACACAUCUGAAAAGGAAUCAACAAGAAAUCUAUGAUCCCAUCAUUGCAAAGAUCACAAAACUUAAACAAUCGAGCAGCUCCACUUGAUCAAGUUAGAAAUAAUUGCAAUAUAUGUAUUCGAUCUGCCGAAUGGAACUCGUACUAAAGUUGAAACGAUAUUAAUAUGUUACCACUUUGUUUGUCAGACCUUUCAAUUGUACUAGUUUUAAUAUUGUUGGUGUGUUUAAUAUUGUGCGCAGUAGUACUGUUCGAUCGUUACAUGUUGCAACAUUAGACAUUUCUGGGAUGAAAUUUCUGGUUGUUGUUAUAUAUAUGUUGAUUGAUGUUGAUAUGAGAGUGUUACAGCUUGUUUGGGAGGAAAGAAUGGAAUGGAAAAAAUAAAAUAAUUUUAGAAUA